GGCACUCUUUAAUGAAGAAACAACAGAGCUGUUAAACACAUUGAGACACAGAAGAUUCUAGUGACCGAGGAUGGCUUCCUCUUGGAAACUAAUGCUGUUUCUGUCAGUUACCAUGUGUCUUUCAGAAUAUUCAAAAGCUCUUCCUGGUCUCUCCACUUCAUAUGCUGCUUUGUUAAGAAUUAAGAAGAGUUCAUCUUCAUCUCUCUUUGGUUCCAAAACCAUACCACGAUACAGCAGCUCUUCAUUAGGAACACUGAGUGCUUCUUCACCCAGCUGGCGAGGGGCAGCUCAGAAUUAUUAUUCCCCCAUCAAUCUUUAUCAUUCCUCAGAUGCCUUCAAACAAGAUGAAAGUGUGGACUAUGGGCCAGUUUUUGUGCAAGAACCAGAUGAUAUUAUUUUUCCAACUGAUUCUGAUGAAAAGAAGGUAGCAUUGAAGUGUGAAGUUCGUGGCAAUCCAGAUCCCAGUUACAGAUGGCUUCGAAAUGGAACAGAAAUAGAUCUGGAAAGUGAUUAUCGCUACAGUUUGAUAGAUGGCACUUUCAUUAUAAGCAAUCCAAGUGAAGCAAAGGAUUCUGGUCAUUAUCAGUGUCUAGCAACCAACACUUUGGGGAGUAUUCUUAGUAGAGAAGCUACACUUCAGUUUGCCUAUCUGGGAAAUUUUAGUGGCCGGACAAGAAGUGCAGUCUCUGUGAGGGAAGGCCAGGGUGUCGUUCUGAUGUGCUCUCCUCCACCACAUUCACCAGAGAUCAUCUAUAGCUGGGUAUUUAAUGAGUUCCCUUCCUUUGUGGCGGAAGACAGCCGGCGGUUCAUUUCCCAGGAGACAGGCAACCUUUAUAUUUCUAAAGUCCAAACAUCAGAUGUUGGCAGCUAUAUUUGUCUGGUGAAAAACACAGUGACGAAUGCUAGAGUCCUUAGUCCUCCAACGCCACUCACUCUGCGUAAUGAUGGUGUGAUGGGAGAAUAUGAGCCGAAAAUUGAGGUCCAUUUUCCUUUCACGGUUACAGCUGCUAAAGGAACAACUGUUAAGAUGGAAUGCUUUGCACUUGGCAACCCCGUUCCAACAAUCACAUGGAUGAAGGUUAAUGGUUAUAUUCCUAGUAAGGCACGUCUGCGGAAAUCUCAGGCAGUGCUGGAAAUACCGAAUGUACAGCUGGAUGAUGCAGGCAUUUAUGAGUGCAGAGCUGAAAACUCACGUGGAAAAAAUUCCUUUCGUGGACAAUUACAAGUAUACACCUACCCACACUGGGUAGAAAAACUGAAUGAUACUCAGUUAGACAGUGGGAGCCCUCUCCGUUGGGAAUGUAAAGCUACUGGAAAACCCAGACCCACGUAUCGUUGGCUGAAGAAUGGAGUACCCCUCUCACCUCAGAGUAGGGUUGAGAUGGUUAAUGGAGUAUUGAUGAUCCACAAUGUGAAUCAAUCAGAUGCUGGAAUGUAUCAGUGUUUGGCUGAAAAUAAGUAUGGAGCCAUUUACGCUAGUGCUGAGCUGAAGAUUCUAGCUUCAGCUCCCACUUUUGCACUGAAUCAACUGAAGAAAACAAUAAUUGUUACCAAAGACCGAGAAGUUGUCAUAGAGUGCAAACCCCAAGGCUCUCCAAAACCAACCAUCUCUUGGAAGAAAGGAGACAGAGCAGUUAGAGAAAACAAAAGAAUAGCUAUUCUUCCAGACGGGAGUCUACGGAUCCUAAAUGCUUCCAAAUCAGAUGAGGGAAAAUAUGUUUGCCGAGGGGAAAACGUCUUUGGUUCUGCUGAAAUUAUAGCUUCGCUAUCUGUAAAAGAACCUACAAGGAUAGAACUUACUCCUAAAAGAACAGAAUUGACAGUGGGAGAAAGCAUUGUCCUUAACUGCAAAGCAAUUCAUGAUGCUAGUUUGGAUGUCACUUUCUACUGGACUCUGAAAGGACAGCCUAUUGAUUUCGAGGAAGAGGGUGGACAUUUUGAAAGCAUCAGGGCCCAAGCAUCCUCUGCAGAUUUAAUGAUCAGGAACAUCCUUCUGAUGCAUGCUGGGAGAUAUGGCUGCAGGGUACAGACCACAGCAGACAGUGUGUCAGAUGAGGCAGAACUUCUUGUUAGGGGUCCCCCAGGCCCACCUGGGAUAGUAAUUGUUGAGGAAAUCACCGAAAGUACAGCCACACUGUCCUGGAGCCCAGCAGCUGACAACCACAGCCCAAUCUCCUCCUACAACCUUCAAGCUCGCAGCCCAUUUUCCCUGGGCUGGCAAACAGUAAAGACAGUCCCAGAAAUCAUAACAGGGGACAUGGAGUCAGCCAUGGCUGUGGACCUAAAUCCCUGGGUGGAAUAUGAAUUUCGAGUGGUGGCCACCAACCCUAUUGGGACAGGAGAUCCAAGCACCCCAUCUCGAAUGAUCCGCACGAAUGAAGCAGUUCCGAAGACAGCACCCACCAAUGUAAGUGGAAGAAGUGGAAGAAGGCACGAGUUAGUCAUUGCCUGGGAGCCAGUAUCUGAAGAGUUUCAGAAUGGGGAAGGCUUCGGCUAUAUUGUGGCUUUCAGACCCAAUGGAACACGUGGCUGGAAGGAAAAAAUGGUGACAUCCUCUGAAGCUUCCAAAUUCAUUUAUCGAGAUGAAAGUGUCCCUCCUCUUACUCCCUUUGAAGUGAAAGUUGGCGUUUAUAACAAUAAAGGAGAUGGGCCUUUUAGUCAAAUUGUGGUCAUCUGUUCAGCUGAAGGAGAACCCAGUGCUGCUCCCACAGAUGUCAAGGCGACAAGUGUGUCUGUGUCAGAGAUUCUUGUUGCAUGGAAACACAUUAAAGAGAGUCUAGGAAGACCACAGGGAUUUGAGGUUGGUUACUGGAAAGACAUGGAACAGGAAGAUACAGCAGAAACAGUCAAAACUAGAGGGAAUGAGUCUUUCGUCAUCCUAACAGGAUUAGAAGGAAAUACGUUAUAUCACUUCACAGUGAGGGCUUACAAUGGAGCUGGAUAUGGGCCACCUAGCAGUGAAGUGAGUGCAACCACCAAGAAAUCCCCGCCUAGUCAAGCACCUAGCAACCUCAGGUGGGAGCAGCAAGGCUCUCAGGUUUCUCUGGGCUGGGAACCCGUCAUACCAUUAGCCAACGAAUCUGAAGUUGUGGGUUACAAGGUUUUUUAUAGGCAAGAGGGUCACAGCAACAGCCAAGUUAUUGAGACACAGAAACUUCAAGCAGUAGUACCACUCCCAGAUGCUGGAGUCUAUAUUAUUGAAGUUCGAGCAUAUAGUGAAGGAGGAGAUGGAACAGCUAGUUCUCAAAUCAGGGUACCAUCAUAUUCAGGUGGAAAAAUCACAAGUGCUCAGUCGACCCUUCACACUCUCUCCACAUCUUCGUCAUCAGUCACGUUGCUCUUGGCAUUGAUGAUUCCUUCAACCUCCUGGUGAAAACUGCUGACUUAAUUUGCUUUUGUUUGCUUUAGCUUGGUAACAGCGGCGAAUAGACUGUAGUGUGAGUGGAGAACCAGGAUCCUGAGAUGAGCUUGAGCUUUAAAAACUUGGGACUAUACAUGGUGAAUUUACAGGAGGUUAGGGGGGAAAUAUUACUUAUCCAUCAGGUUUCUCUUUGGUUUUUGUAAAUGGAGAGGACAGUUCUUAGUCCAGUAAAAAUAUGCAGAUUGUAUGUAAUGAAUUUUUGUAAGCAAAAGUAAUUUCUGUCAAAUGUAUUCUUUACUUUUUUAAUAUGUUGGGAUUUUAUUUUAUAUCUGAUGAC